AUGUCUUCUCCCAAGUCCCUCCUCCUCACAGCCCUCCCCAUCGCCCUCGCAAGCUGCAACGGCGCCCGGGCAGCCACAAUCGACGACUCCCAAUGCGACUGCUACGUAGCCGACAACAAAUACUAUGCCGGUCACAUGUUCUGGGACUUUCGCUCUCUGUCCCAGUAUGCCAAGGUCCCAGCUCUCAUCCAGACCCAGCAGGGAAACGCCGACGCAGACUUUUCUACUCCCUUCUUUAACUGGGAGUCUGAAUUUGGUCAGACUUGGGGUCUGCAGAAUUGGGAUAAUGGAAACUCGGAGUUUCCGAUGCAGAAUUCUUACAACAAUAUUUACAUUGAGAAGAAUACCGACAGCUCGCCUGCUAGUGAUACCUUCAUGACGAUGCGAACUGCUCGUCAUAAGGGAUUCCAGUCCGCAGCAGAGUUUGAGUCCAUCAACAAGUAUCACUACGCUUCUAUGCGCAUGUACGCUCGUACCAAGGGUUCUCCUGGUGCCUGUACAGCCAUGUUUACCUACCUCGGCGGUGAAAAGCUAGCCGACGUGCAAGAAGCCGACAUUGAAGUCCUGACUUCAGAUCCCAAGGGUCUCAUUCACUACACGAACCAACCUUCCUACACGGAAGAAGGUGAGGAAGUCGUGGGAGCCAGCAAGGCCGUCACGAUGCCCGACGGCGUCAAGUGGACAGACUGGGUCGCGCACCGAAUGGACUGGACGCCCAAGGAGACGGUCUGGAAGGUUAAUGGCAAGCAGACUUGGGUGAACUCUUUCCAGGUGCCACGCGAUCCGGCGCAGUUCAGCUUUAAUGCUUGGAGCGAUGGUGGUGAUUGGACUGGUACCAUGGCCGAGGGCGGCGUGGCUUAUCAGCAGAUUCAGUGGAUUGAGAUUCUUCACGGGGAGGCUGAUAAGGCUACUUGCAAGAGGGUUUGCAGUGUUGAUUCAGGCAGCGAAGUUGGAAAGCCUGUACGUGUUUAG